AUGUCACGAACGCUUCGAGAUGUAGGAUGGGUGACAAGAAAAGAUGGUGAACCUGAUCAACGCUACUCAAUGCCUCAAGUAUUAAAUGUAGAUGGCUCUAAAGAUAAAAGAUUCGGUUCAUUUGAGACACCAUCAUUUGGAACCUCACAAACAUUAACUCAUGGCCGUUCACAAUAUUACGAUCAAACCAGUGCACCGAGCGGCCCUGGUAUGUAUCAGUUGAUGACAACAAAUGGUAUUGGCAGACCCAAGAUCCGAUACACUGGUAUGUCAAAUGAUAUUGGUCGACGCUUAGAUGAACAUGCUCGCUGUACAUCGGAUAAUAUCACGACGCAAAUGAACCAGGCUGCAAAUAGAGGCAUGGACGUACGAGCUCGUUUUGCUCCAGCUGAUAGUGCAUUGGAAGCAAGAGCUCAAGAACUAUUUUUACUUGGCCAACGAGACUACGCUUGGAAUGAAAGAAACAACGGUGGAGCAACUAAAAGUUGGUGGAAAUAG